AUGCUUUUCUUAACCUUGGUGCUGGCAGAAAUUUCGGGCAGCAUGGCUGCAAGCUGUGGUGGAUCAGCAAUACCAUUCCGAUUCGAGGUAUUGCCAUCUGGUGCCCCAGUACUUGGUUGCGCUUCUCCUUCAUGUUUUGGAGGUGGCCAAGGUGGAUCGAAUGUUUAUUCCAGCUUUCUUGCUUCUCCUGGUCCUGAUGGUGAAGAUGGAUUCGUCCGUGAAAGCGAUCUACAGCGAACAAGACCCCGGUCCAGUUCUGCUCCGGCUCAGCAAGCUGACUGCCCUUCGGGAUUUGAUUCGCAAUCCUGCACAAACGAUAGAUCUUGGGUUGGUGGAUUCCUAGCGAGUCCUGAUGGAAGCCUCCGUCUGCAGUGCUGCUCAUAUGACGGUCUGCGCUUUGCCGAAGAAGUUGGUCGUCCUGUAGUUCACAGCGGGGAAGUGUAUAGUGGUGGAGAAGUUCUUCGGGAUGGACGACAGACUGGUUUUGACCUUAUUUCUAACGUGAAUAAGAUAUAUUCCAAUGAUGGGAGUGCCGCUUAUGAGCUAACAGUUGUUCGAAUGAACUGCCUUCCGGAUCCAGUGGAGACUACAAACGAAGUCGCCAUGGAUCCCGACGAAAUUACGCGAAUCCUCGACAAGGUCGGCGACGUGCGUGCCCAGGAAGCGAACGCUUAUCCGGUGCAGGAGGACCAGACCGACGAAUUUGUUCAGGUUGGUGAGGAGGUGAUUCCCGUCACUUCGCCAGGGUUCUACUAUCCAGUUGCAUCAGGUGUGGCACUAUGCUUCACCGGUGAUACUGAAGUGGAGACACCAUCAGGCCGAAGACGAAUGGACCAAUUGAGAAUUGGUGAUCUUGUGCUCACUGCCGAGCAGAAUUUGACCAUGUUCACGCCCGUGAUUUCGUUCCUUCAUCGUCUUCCGGAUACGGUAGCGUCCUUUAUAAAGGUGCAAACAGAAGACAGGGAACUCAAACUCACACCGCAGCAUUUCAUUUAUAAGGUCAGACAACACUUAAACUUCAAAAAGGAAAGUUGUUCUCUAAGACGAAUAAAAAGUCUAAAGGUCUUGCUGAUCAUUGCUGACCAAUCCACGUUUACAAGGUGCAGAGUGUACGCUCCGAUGAGCCGUGCAGGUCAUCUGUUGGCCAACGAUAUUUACGUCUCCUGCCAUAACGUCGUCAAGACCAGUACGCUGUCACACACAUUCCUUGAAUUCGUCACUUACGUGCAGACGAAGGUACGAACCACCGUCUUUUAUCAUGUUUUUUGA